GACAGGAGGAUCUCUUGAGACUGGGAGUUUGAGACCAGCCUGGGCAAGAGAUGAGGAUCUCUUUUAGAAAAGAAAGUAAAAAAAAAAACAGAAAAUAUAAUGCUAUAGAAGUUUUCGGGGGAAAUAACAUAGGACACAAAUUUCUCUUGUGUCCUAGCAAUUAUUUUCCAGAAAACUUUCCAGUUGCCAUUUAUCCUUGAGUAUGCUUUAGAAACAGUGGCUCCAUCUGUCUGACAUCUAAUAUUUAUAUCAAUUUAUUCAAUUUUUAGAAAUAAUAAAUUUAAAUCUCAUGGAGCUUAAAUGGCAAGUUUAUAGCUAUAAUGAAAUUAAGACACAACCCUACAUUUUAUAUUUUUAAAUCCAAUUACCUUGACAUUAUAUAACAAUAAAUAGCUGGUUCAGUCAAUUUUGGCAAUGUGCUUCUCAAACUGAUGAAAAACUACUAGCACAGACAUUUGGUUAAAUUGUUUAGUAUUUGGAUUAGAUACACUAGUCAAUGUUCCCAUUAAUAUAUAGCCUCAAAAUAUAGGUUGGGCAUUUUUCAUCUGAAAUAUCCCCACUAUAAUUAGCCCUGUCAGCUUGUAUUAUUUCAAGUAUCUUCACUCACAUAUAUCUCAAGGACAUUUAAAUGUACCAUGGAAUUAACUAAAUUAGUGAGAUAUGCAAUAAUUUGCAUUAUAGUUCCAUUAAAUAUAUAUGUAUAUCCAGAAUAUACACACAUGUGCGUGUGUGUGUAUGUAUGUAUUAAGACAAGUUUCAAGUGAAUAUAUCAAAAUAUUUAAAGGUAUUUUAAAAAUAUUUUUCUUCUCAACCACUGGCUUCAGUUUAUCUGAGUCAUCCAUGGAGGAACAUACAUUAGAGAAUGGGAUUUGUCUGGAAAACAGAGGAUAUUGCCUGGAAUACAGAUCUCCAUCAUCGGGGAAUUCAUCCUGCAAAGUUGUGUCCAAUGGAGAAUUAAGUCCCUAGAUACACACACCUCUCAUGUUAUCUCCUAAUAAUAACACACAGAUUCUUUCAAUUUUCGGUUGUUCACUCUGUGCAAUUACUGCCAUUCAAUCACCCAAGCAGGAUGAAUCACAGCAUUGUAACUGAGUUCAUUAUUCUGGGCUUCACCAAAAAGCCUGAACUCCAGGGAAUUAUCUUCCUCAUUUUUCUCAUUAUCUAUUUCGUGGCUUUUCUUGGCAACAUGCUCAUCAUCAAUGCCAUAAUCUAUAACAACACCUUGCAUACGCCCAUGUAUAUUUUCCUUCUCACACUGGCUAUUGCGGACAACAUCUGUACAACAAGCAUCAUACCAAAGAUGCUAGGGACCAUGCUAAAAUCAGAAAACACCAUUUCAUAUGCAGGCUGCAUGUCCCAGCUCUUCUUCUUCACAUGGUCUCUGGGAGCUGAGAUGGUUCUCUUCACCACCAUGGCCUAUGACCGCUAUGUAGCCAUUUGUUUCCCUCUUCAUUAUAGUACUAUUAUGAGCCACCAUAUGUGUGUAGCCUUGCUCAGCAUGGUCAUGGCUAUUGCAGUCACCAAUUCUUGGGUGUACACAGCUCUCAUCAUGAGGUUGACUUUCUAUGGGCCAAACACCAUUGACCACUUCUUCUGUGAGAUACCCCCAUUGCUAGCUUUGUCCUGCAGCCCUGUAAGAAUCAAUGAGGUGAUGGCAUAUGUUGCUGACAUUACCCUGGCCGUAGGGGACUUUAUUCUUACCUGCAUCUCCUAUGGUUUUAACAUUGCUGCUAUUCUCCGUAUCCGCACAUUAGAAGGCAAGAGGAAGGCCUUCUCAACAUGCUCAUCCCAUCUCAUAGUUGUGUCUCUUUACUAUUCUCCUGUGAUCUACACCUAUAUCCGUCCUGCUUCCAGCUAUACAUUUGAAAGAGACAAGGUGGUAGCUGCACUCUAUACUCUUGUGACUCCCAUAUUAAACCCGACAGUGUACAGCUUCCAGAAUAGGGAGAUGCAGGCAGGGAUUAGGAAGGUGUUUGCAUUUCUGAAACACUAGUAGUUUUGAUGUGGGACAUCACCUAUCUACUCUAGAACCAUUUUCUAGAGCAUCUCAGAUUUUACUGAUCUUUCAUAGUUACCUCCAUUCCAAAUUUCCCCUCUUAUUCCUGCCUUCUUCCUAGCAGUCUCAUUAUCUCCAAAAUUCUGUACUCUUAUGUGAAGAAUAUUCAUAAAGCAAUAUAUGCAAUACACUCACAUAAAUAUAUAUAAUGUAUAUCCCAACAUUUUCCAAAAA